UUCAGCAGGGCAUUCUGCACACACCAGGUGAAUAUUUCCUGAUGCUCUAGUGCAAUAAUGACCCACCUGCCUCUGCUCCUCUCUGGGGCACUUUCUGUCUAUAGGGACUGGAACUAACGACAGUCUCUCUGUGCUGCCUGAUGUCAGAGCUGAGAAAGGUGUCAAGGAUAUAUAAGAGCCAGAAAGGAAGAGGGAAAAGGAUACUCCAGAGCUAGAUGCAAGCGUGGAAUUGUUGCAUGCACACUUCUUGCUAACCAAGAGGGCUUGCUGGCUUCUCCAGUUAGAUCCGUGGCCACAACAAAGAAAGUUUGGAAGGAAAGAUGUGCAACCUAAAGCUGUCAGUUUUCUUCAUUGCACUUUCUGUCACUCUGAGCUGUUUGGAAGCUACACCUAUUGAGAGAUUACUGUCUGUGGCUGAUGAUCUAUCUGAUGGUACUUCCAAGAGACAAGGAUGGAUGUUGCCUGUAAUGUCACAUAAUACACUCUCAGCACUUAGUGAGGAAAUGCCAGAACAACCAGCAGCAAAGGCAAAAAGCCACCAGCUGGAGAAGAGGAAAUGCAACACGGCCACGUGUGUGACACAGCGCCUGGCCGCCUUCCUGGUGCGCUCCAGCAGCGGCCUGGGGGCCCUUUACCCACCCACCAACGUGGGCUCCAACACCUACGGCAAGAGGGACACGGCAGGGCUGCCAAGCACGCAGCCCCAAAACCAUGCACGGCUCUAGGGCCGUGAGGCAGCUCUUGAGAAGCUCAGUUUUUAAUGUAUCAGCAACCUCUUGGUCGUUUAUUACCUGUACAGUCUUAGCAGUGCCUUGUUCUCUGUGUGUGUGUGUGUGUGUGAUUUAUGUUCACCAUCCCGCUGUGCAUGUACAAGGACAUGCACAGGCUACCCUUCCAACUCCACUAAGAGCUCCAGAAAUCUGCUUGGUAAAUUCCUUUGUAAAAAUCCACCAUGAAAAUAAAUGGAAAAGUAAUUGCAACGAG